AUGGAGGGCAAGGCCUUUCAGCAGAUGCUCAACUGGAUGGAGAAGAAGGGCUUACUGCUGUACUUCAAAGUCUUCUGCUGCAACCAGGACAGCUCAGUCCUCCACCAGCUGAACACUGACCCACAAACAGCACAUGUCCAAGUUGUCCACAAUCCUGGCCACACCAAGAAGAACUUUGUCAAGGAUCUGAAGAAGGCCUUUGGUGGGGACAUACCCAAGUCCAUCUUCUUCAGCUCAACCUAUGUCAUGCACAUGUGGCUCUUGGUGAUUAGAGGGAAUCUUGGCAGCCCUGGUGCUGCCUACACUGCCCUAUGGCAUGCACUUGGCUUUACCAUCUCCUUGCUCAACCAGGCUCAGUUCAACCUGAUGGACAAACACCUCCACAAUGAUCACAUUUACAGCACGUACAAGAAGCGGGAGACGGAGGUGCGGCGCACGAUCGACUACAUAUGGUACCCGGCCGACGCGAUGGUGCCGGUGGCCCUCCUGGCCGUGCCGGCGGUGAGCGACCUGCCCGACCGGCUGCCCUGUCGAAACCACCCGUCGGACCACCUGGCCCUCUACGCCGAACUCGCCUGGCGCGAGUGA